AUGCGUAUUCGCUGUGUGGCUGUUGUUGAGCGCCCUCGAGACCCUACUGACCCGGGCAAGUUGCCGAAGGCGCCGCGGAUCUACAGGUCGGACUUCUUCGCACUGUAUGUCCGACGUCCAGACGGUACUGUGACCAGACCAGAUGAAGAGGAGCCUGACAGUAAGUACAACGAAUUCUUGGGAAAGAUGACUUUCAUACAACCCAAGAUGGGCACAUCCUGA